AUGGGCUCCGUCAUUUGGGACGAUGAACAUCAAUGGGUAGGCAAACAGCCCUGGUGGAAAGCCGCGUCUUUUUAUCAAGUCUACCCAGCAAGCUUCAAAGACUCCAACGGCGAUGGAUGGGGGGAUUUGCCUGGUCUUAUCUCCAAGCUCGAUUACCUGAGUGAUCUGGGCAUCGACGUCGUCUGGGUGUCGCCUAUUUUCGAAAGCCCGCAGAAGGAUAUGGGCUACGACGUUUCUGACUAUCAGAAGAUUUACCAACCAUACGGUACAGUUGAGGAUGUCGAUAUCUUGGUUCAAGAGUGUCAUUCAAGAGGACUCAAAAUCAUUCUUGAUCUAGUGGUCAACCACACCUCAAUAGAGCACGAAUGGUUCAAAGAGUCAAGGUCAUCCAAAGACAAUCCAAAGCGGGACUGGUAUAUCUGGAAACCCGCGCGAUACGACGAAAAUGGCGUGCGGCAUCCUCCGACAAACUGGAGAGGCUAUUUCGCCUGUUCAACGUGGACUUGGGAUGAGCAUACUCAGGAAUAUUAUUUGCACCUCUACGCGCCCGAUCAACCUGAUUUGAACUGGGACAACGAUGAGUGUCGCGAGGCUAUUUACGACAAUACGAUGCGAUUCUGGCUUGAUAGAGGCGUUGAUGGGUUUCGCAUCGACACCGUCAACAAAUACUCCAAGAGGAGAGAUUUUGUUGACGCGCCUAUCACGGAUCCUUCAUCGCCGCAUCAGCCUGCGCCUGAGAUGUGGUGCAACGGACCACGCAUCCACGAAUUCAUUCACGAAAUGUAUCAAAAAGUCCUAGCUCCUUACAAUGCUGUUUCGGUUGGCGAGCUCUCCAACACGCCUAAUCCAUCACAAGUCAUUCCUUAUGUAUCCGCUGCAGCAAAAGAGUUGGACAUGGUUUUUGAGUUCUCCAUGAUCAGACUCGGCAACGGGAAUGGCUUCGGCGAUAAGUAUAUCUACCAGCCAUUUCCACUCUCCAAACUAAAGGGGUUAGUCUACAAGUGGCAGAGUUUUAUCGAAGGGACAGAUGCUUGGGCGACAGCCUUUUGUGAGAAUCACGAUAACGGACGAUCGGUGGAUCGUUUUGGAGACGCGUCUACACCAGAAUGGUGGUUAAAGUCUGCGAAAACCAUAGCGCUUUGGCAAACAACACUCACAGGCACGUUGUUCUUGUAUCAAGGCCAAGAGAUUGGCAUGACCAACAUGCCUCGUUCGUGGGGCAUUGAAGAGUACAAAGAUAUUGAAAGCAGCAAUUAUUACGCCGAAGCAGUUGCGUCUGGGGAUGAGAAGCGCGUGGAGGAUACGAUGCACGGACUACAGAUUAUGGCGCGUGAUCAUUCGCGUGUUCCUUUCCAGUGGGAUGAUUCGCCUAAUGCUGGCUUUGCAGAUGGGCAAGCAAAGCCGUGGAUGAGAGUCCAUGAUGACUAUCGCGAUAUCAACGUUGCGAAACAAGUCAAAGACCCCGAGUCAAUUCUGAGCUUUUACAAAAGGAUGCUCAGACUACGGAAGCAGUACCAAGACCUCUUCGUCUUUGGCUCAUUCAAGCUUCUUGACCCAGACGAUGAGUCUCUCUUUACCUAUGUUAAGGAGAGUAUUGUUCCGGUCAAGGGCCGACGGUCUGAGAAGAGAAGAGCUGUUGUUGUUCUAAAUAUGAGUCAAGAGGAUAGAGUUGGCCCAGAUGUACAUGCAGCGUUGGGAUGUUCGGCGGAGAAUGUUCGAUUACUUGCUUGCACAAGACCAGAGAGCGCAACAGGGCUUAAGGGCGGCCGGUCAACGCUUGCGGGAUGGGAGAGUUGGGUUUAUGUCAAUUUUGAGUUAGAAUAA